AUGGUGACCAGCAGCAUGGCAUCACUUCGUAACAGUCCUGCCAAAGGGUCAUCUCCAUCGUCCAUGGUGGAUGACAGCAACAACAACAAUAACAUUAAUAAUUUCAGCAUCCACAACGAUGGCCAACGUAUUUACCGCAGCCAAAGUAGUAAUAAUAUAACCGAUGUAGAGCAACAACAUCAACAACAGUACAACAACAACAACAACAAUAACAAUAACAACCGAUAUAUAUCAAGAUCACCAUCUUCAUCCCCAACACAACACAAGCACGAAUCAGAUCAUCAUGGUAUUAAUGGCACCGGAAGCAGAUACGAAUUAAUUUCCCCUGCGACCGAGUCUGAUGACGAGCUCUACGAGUCGUUCUCAAAGCAAAAUAGACAUCGCCAAGAGUAUCCCGACCUCCAGUCGAGUGGCUCUAACGACGUACCUACAACCACUCGCAAACUUUGGUCUCAAGAGGAGUGCUGCCAACUUCUAGAGCUGGUACUCAAGCUCGACCCACAGUCCUACAAGUCCAAGGAGGMRUCAGAGAACAGAUGGCGUUCAAUAGCCAAUGAGCUAGGUCGCACGGUAACCUCUACCCGUAAGAAGUACAUGAGGCUCAUGAAUAAGUGGACUCAGGGCGGCGUAGAAGAUGCACCAACCAAUGAGCCCCUUCCAACAAUUGAGACUAUAAGCCACGAGAAGAAGCGCAAGUCUGUUGAUCAACUCAGUCAACUUCCAGUAAUCGGCACCAGCAAGGAGGUCAAGAGGGAACUCCACCACAGUGCCCCUACACCACCCCACCCGUUCAUGUCACUCCACAAGCAAUACACACCUUCCUCUGGCUUUGGUACUCAAUCUUUCCAACCCUCAACCCAGACCCCGCCAUUCUCCAAGCAGGCUCAUCAGUUCCAGAGCCAUCCGUUCCAAUCACAGGCAACUCAUUACCAACCUAUAUCCCCCAAGGUCCUUGCUCCCCAUGUUGUUGUUGGUGAGGGACAAUUGCCAAGCGCAAAGCACCAAUCAAUCAACAACUAUAACAACAUCAGCAACUCUAGAGGUGAAACUCGUCAGUCACGAAUCGGUGAUGACGACGUCAGGGGCCAGAAGUGUGACAACAAUGCUGAGAUAACCUACCAGACAAAGUAUCGA